CCCGGGGAGAGGGGUGCGUGAAGAAGAAGUGCACGACCUCAGGGUGCGUACUAGACAACAACGACCUCCGUUAAAGGACAAAGCAGUGGCGUCAAUGUGGUGUUGAAUGUCUAAGUGAGGGGAAGGGGCCAGUGAGGUGGUGGAGCGAGGCGAACCCGGAGAAGACGGGGUCUUCCCAACGACGGCAAAAGUGGUUGUGAACUAGGUACAGGUGCAACUGUCCAGGGAACGGCAUUGCGUUGUGAGAGCAGCAGUCAGGUAGGGGAUCAGGGAUCAAGCAAGUCAACGUCGGCGGCCUGUCGUUCUCUGUGGGAACGCCGAGAGAGAGAGAGACCGGGAUUCUAGCUUACAGGGCGCUCGCGAUGGAAUCAGCCGCACUCAGCUCUCGUUCCCACCUCCGUUCUUCAUCGUCCGUGAAGAUUGGUUGGGCGACUGGGGUGAUGGUUGUUGAGCCGACCAAUGGCAUGGGGAUCCACUCACGGACGCCGGAUGUACCCAGCCCCGUGGUCCUCGUGGACCUGAAGACAAAGGUGGAUUCGAAGGGCGCAGGGCGGGGCAGGGCUGACGGGUCGUCCGAUUUCCUGUUGUCGUCAUCCGAUGGUCCGCAGGGUAGCAGUGAACCCAUGCGAGUUGCGUCGAAUGAGAGCGGUCGCAGGUCGAGGUCCCGUCGUUGCCAGCCUCCCCUUGUGGGGAUCCCGACCAGGAGGGCUCACCUCGGGGAGGGAACCGUCGCGGGUGGUAUAAUUCGGCGGCUCUGUCUUCCCGUGGUUGCAACCCGUCAGGAUGAGAACCAUGACAAGGGCAAGGACGAGUCCCGGUGGAGUUCGACUUUGAAGCGACGGUUCGAGGAGCUGGAUCCCAGUCGAACUGGUGCUAUCGGGGAGGACGAGUUGAGGAGAGCCGCAGAGAAACUGAGGCUUCCAGUCUCUCACAAGGAGGUGCGGGUGUUCGUGGAGAAGGUUGGCGAUAGGGUGACGUUCGACGAGUUUGUCAAGUUCGCCACGGGAAUGGAGGACCGCCUGCAUGCCACGUUCAGGGAGCUGGAUAGACGACACACUGGCAUCGUGUCGAAGGAGGAUAUUCCGGAAGCCCUUAGAAGACUCGACAUAAGGCCGAGAAAAGCGUACCAGGACGAUCAGUUGGUCAGCCGCAGCGUAGGCAAGGCGCCUUCCCAGGGGUUUGGGUUCGAAGAUUUGCGGACGUACCUCCUCUGGGCCAAGGAUGCUGAGGAGGUGUUGGAUUCGGGGUCACGUGCUCGAGCAGCCAUCGACUUCGGUGGGGACUUGGAUUGCAACUUGCCCCUCGCUUUGGAGACUCGUGCUGCCAGGCCCAAUCUCCGCUUCCCUGAGCUGCAAACGAUGAGAGAUGUGCUGGCUGCAUGCAUCUCCGGUGCGGUGAGUCGAACCUUCGUCGCUCCCUUAGAGAGAGUAAAGAUCUUGCAAACGGUGGACCCCAGUCUGGCAGUGCAGGACCCUCGGGUCCUAUUGGAUACCAUCCGMGUCGCUGAGGGUGACAGAGGUGUAUUCAGAGGGAAUCUCCUCAACGUCCUUCGACUAUUCCCAGCGAAGGCGGUGGAGGGAGCAGUGUACAGGGCGCUGGCAGAUCGGUUCGACCCAAGGAAGACGCGAGCUGCUGUAGCGGGGUGGAAAGGGCAGCGUGAGGGAGGGACACCAGAGGAAAAGAGUCAAGAGUCACAGAAGAAGCAACAUGAAGAAGCUCUCCUUCUGCCGGACUGGCAGCGGAACGUGAUGGCAACGCUGGCAUCGACCGCCGGGAUCCUGACGUCACAUCCCAUCGACACACUGAGAGUUGCGACUCAAGUGCCCAUCCGCGGCCUGGUGACCCCGGGGACAGCCACGGCCACGGUUGCUUCGAGUGUAGGAAGUGCGGGUGGUGUGGGCGGAGAGGUCGUCGAAGUAGUGGCUGGUGGAGGUGGGGUUGGAGGACUGGGUGGGAAUGGACGGGGGGUGGUGCACACGGCACGAGCUAUUUUGAAAAGGAGGGGUGCGAAGGGCUUUUAUGCAGGCAUAGGGCCGAACAUCCUUCGAGCUAUUCCUUACUUUUUCCUCACCGGGUAYGUGUUCACCUCUUUGGAGCGCUGGUACAGGAAGAAAGUCGGCCGUCCUGAUGCGGAGCUUGGCCCCAUUCCCGUUGUUCUGGUCGCCACGGCCGCCGCCCUGUGCGCACAGACUGCUCUGUAUCCCUUGGAGACUGUGCAGCGACGCCUGCAGGUUCAGGCAGCCAUGGGCCCAGCAGCAGGGCGGCUGGCGUACUCGGGCAUGAUGGACGCAUUUAGGGAUAUAAUCAGCAGAGAGGGAGCUGGAGCGCUGUACUCUGGAUUGGCCGCCAACAACAUCAAGCUCCUCCCAGCUGCCGCUGUUUCGUAUGCCAUCCACAACACUGCCCGGAAUCUUUGCGACGCCUACUAGGACCUGGAAUGCGCCUCUAGUGAAAUUAGUGGUUAUUUACGAUCUUACAGGAUGCAUCUGACCUUCAUGACAGACGGAUUCGGAAAUGUUCUACAUAGUAGCACCAGCGCUUGUUUUUGAUUGAUGAUUGGAAGCCAUUGCGGUCAUACGGUCCGGAAUUGGAAAAGAUGAGCAUGUUUGGGGCCUUACAACAUGGGAUGAACUGGUAGAGAGAAGUUUUACAUGACUGUUUCCAAGGUUUGCAGCUCUUAGGUUGGAAGUGGACUUGGUGGAGAUGUGAAUCCAUCAGUGUAUCAUUCCAGAAUCUCGCCUACGUGCACAAAGGAGGAUCAUGUUGAGGACUCUGUACUACUACAGUGACACAGUGCUGCUAUUGAGAUAGAAGAAGGAAUAAGGUAGAGGCUAGGUAAACUUUUGCCCUGAGGACGGGGGACACAUUGAUUGAAAGUAAAACAGAGGACGUGACCUCUGUUGAUAGAUGCGGGCACUGAGGGGAAGAGGGACAGAUAUGUGUAAUCGGGGUUUGGAAAUCAUUUGCUGGGGAAGGGACAACCAGGACAAAGAUUUGUGAUUGGGUAAUAAAUAGUGAGUGAUGUUGAAGCUUUGGGAGGAGAUUGGGAUAGGGAAUUUGGUGAUAUUGAGAGAGAGGGAGACCAGAGAGGGUGGAGUAAUUUGGAGGGACAGGGAGGGAGGUCAGACUGUUCUUCGGGCAUUCCACAGACACAUGGGCAGGAGUGUUGGAUGUUGAACUUUUUAACGAGUGCAAUGUGAAGGUGGGCAGGAGUGUUGGAUGUUGUACUUUUUAACGAGUGCAAUGUGAAGGAUACUCUCGAAUAUGUUUGUCUGCACGUCUCCCUCUCGUUCUCAUAUCGGUAGGUGUGUGAUCAUGUAUGCACAGAGUGUGGUGUAAGUACUCAGGAGGGUGUAAGGAGGGCAUAAGGGGAGGGAUCUGGAGAGAAGAAUGUUAUGAUUGGAUGAUUGGCAGAAUUUUGACGGGUGUAUGGUGGUAUUCGGAUUCAAUAUCUUGUGGAAUGAAUUAAUGAUUGGAAC